AACCUGUCAGUUUGCAUUGUACUGUCUUCAAAUCCACCACUCUAAGAUGGACAACAGUAGAAUCUGUGGGACGUGUGAGGCUCCUCUAAUGGUGCCAGGGGGGACUACGUCGAUCUUUGACUCUGUGCAGCCUUCCCCCAUGAAGAACAACUUUCUGCACCACACCAGUGAAAUCUCAUUGACGGAGCUGAUUGUGAGGCGAGGCCAGCCCUUCGACGUGGACGUUAAACUGACGAAACCUUUCGACUCUAAACUUCACCCACUCAAAAUUGUUGCAAGUACAGGAGAACAACCAAGCGAGGACUCGGGGACAGCAUCAACGUUCGGCAUCCCAGAUACUGCAAACCGGUCAGCAUCAGCAAAGGCAGUGUGGAAGGUGGAGCUUCACAAAGACUCUGACCCAAAGUCGGGCAAACUGGUCCUCAGCAUCACCCCCCCAGCUGAUGCCCCCAUAGGGGAGUACACCGUCAUGGGUUGGCACAGGGAUGAGGAAAAACUGCUGGCAAAGCCUGUGGUGCUCUUCAACCCCUGGUGUCGCGACGACCAGGUGUACAUGGAAAAUGCGAAGGAGGUGGAGGAGUAUGUGAUGAAUGAACAAGGAGUCUUGUACAGAGGAAGUAAAAACUACAUCAUGCCUCUAGACUGGGACUUGGGACAGUUUGAGGAAGACAUGGUGAAAAUUUCUUUAAAGAUGUUGGACAUCAGCCACAAACACUAUGAGAACCCAGCUGAAGAUGUUGCCUCUCGCAGCGACCCCGUCUACGUCGGCCGCGUGAUCAGCGCCAUGAUCAACUCUGAAGAUGACCACGGUGUCUUGGAGGGAAACUGGGGAGGCAAUUAUGAAGACGGGUUCUCACCCUCUCACUGGAGUGGCAGUCACGCCAUCCUUAAACGCUGGUACGACAGUGAUUGCAAACCGGUCAAGUACGGGCAGUGCUGGGUGUUCGCUGGUGUGAUGUGCUCAGUGAUGCGUCUGCUGGGUGUGCCCACCCGCACGAUCACCAAUUUUGCGUCAGCCCACGACACCAAUGGGAAUCUGACCAUCGACCGGUUUUACGCCGAAGAGGGAGUCACACCAAAACAGACCCAUGACAGUGUUUGGAACUUCCACGUGUGGACGGAGUCGUACAUGAAGCGCCCUGACCUGUCAGAAACAGGCAAAUAUGACGGCUGGCAAGUUCUGGAUCCAACACCGCAGGAGAUGAGCGAUAAUGUUUACUGCUGCGGUCCAGCCUCGGUCAAAGCCAUCCGGAUCGGACAAGUAGACCUCAAAUAUGACUGCCCUUUUGUCUUUGCUGAGGUCAAUGCUGACAUUGUUGAAUGGCUGGUCAAAGAAGAUGGCUCACAAACAAAGAUCGAGUCUUUCCCUGGGAGAGUUGGUAUCAAUACCUCCACCAAGGCUGUCGGCUCCAAAAAGAGGGUGGACGUCACCGACACCUACAAACCAAAAGAGGGGUCAGAUAAGGAGAGGGCUGUCUUUAAGUAUGCCGUCAACGUCACCAAAGACUACUCUGCAACUGAUGACGAUGAAGAGAUGGAGGAAGAAGAAGAAGAAGAGAUGGAGGAGAAUGACGGCGCUGAAGAAGGGGAGGACAGCGUCGAGACAGAGGAGGGUGCUGAGGAUGAAGAGGUGGAGGAGCCAGACAAUGACGAGACAGAGGAGGAUGAGGAAGCUCCAGCUCCAGCUCCAGCUCCAGCUCCAGCUCCAGUUCCACCAGUGGUCAUGACGUUUGUAGAGGUGCGUCACAGAAAGCAAAGUCCCUGAGUUUCCCUUUAGUGC